AUGUUAGAGUUGUUCAAACACAUGCAGAACCGAUCUCGCAAUUCGUCCGAACUAUUGGGAUACCCUCCAGAAGAAGUGGCAUUUCAGAGAACGGUUUGGUACCUUGCACAUGCCCGCCAAAACAUGACCUUGUGGCGCGACCUUGACCUGAUGAACCUGGAUGUACCCCAGCCUGUGUUAGAGUUCAACAGCCCGUGCUGGUGGGAGGAAAACGUCCGAAAAAAUCAUUGCCCUUGGACCAGGAACCUCAGCAGUGCACCCCUGGUAGAGAUUGUCAAAUGGAGGGGGCGAGGGGAGAAGAGGAUGCUGCGUUGUCUCCCGUACUUCUAUAUCAUAGGACAAGGCAAGAGUGGGACCACCGACCUGUUAAACAGACUGACAAAACACCCCAAGGUUGCCCCUCAUCCAGUGAAAGAGUCCCAGUGGUUGUGCCGAACACGACUAAGGGAAUCCUGCUCUUCCUUCGAGAUAUAUUUGAAUCUGCAGCAGAUGGGCGCUAACUUCAUACAGACUAAACACAGUCAGGAUAGUAUUAACGAAUAUAUCACAGGCGAUGCAGCACCAGAUUAUUUCUCCUAUAACGACUUCUGGGAUAUGUUGCCGGGCAACGAAGGCUGCGAUGCAGCACCAGAUUAUUUCUCCUAUAACGACUUCUGGGAUAUGUUGCCGGGCAACGAAGGCUGUACCGAGCCAUGCGUGACCAAUGCUGAUAUCAUUCACCAUCUCAACCCGCGGGCGAAGAUCAUCCUGUCACUGAGGAACCCCACAGACAGACUCUUCUCCUUCUACGUUUCCAAGUCCGCUGAACUGGGAAGAGUGGUGUCACAACAACUCUUCCAUGACCUGGUUAUCAUAGAGAUCGACUCAUUCAACGACUGUCUGCAGUGGCAGUCCCUCCGUGGAUGUUGCUACAACUACACCAUCGCUGAUUCCCUUACAGAAGAGAUUGAUCUACGGAGAGGAAUCUACCACGUGUUCCUGUUGGACUGGAUGAAAUUGUUCCCCAGAAAACAGAUCUACGUUCAAACGUUCGAGGACUACAUGUUCGAUAAAACAAAACAUCUGGUAGACAUCUUCAAGUUUCUGGGUUUGAAUUCUCUGCUCAGCAUCACCGGUCCAAAAGCAGCCAAUCAGAUGCAGACCCCCCCGGACAGCUGGUGA